CUGGCCAGAGGCCGGGCUAGCGGGCGGCAUGGCCCUCCGUCCCGCUGCCCACAGAGGCAAGGAAAUGAAUGGCCAGAGCGUUUCCGGCAGGGGGAUCCCCGCGGCUGCUGCAGGAGCCUGAGAUCCUGUCGGGGCCUCAGAACCUGACGCUCACGGUGCACCAAACGGCAGUGCUGGAGUGCAUCGCCACCGGCCACCCGCGGCCGCUUGUCUCCUGGAGCCGCCUGGACGGCCGCUCCAUCGGCGUGGAGGGCAUCCAGGUCCUGGGCACUGGGAACCUCAUGAUCUCCGACGUGUCGGUCCAGCACUCGGGCAUCUACGUCUGUGCUGCCAACCGGCCGGGCACCCGUGUCCGGCGCACGGCGCAGGGCGUUUUGCUUGUGCAAGCUCCCCCGGAGUUUGUCCAGUGGCCACAAUCCUUGUCCAAGGCGCCUGGCAGCAGCGCCAUCUUCACGUGCGUGGCCCAGGGUGUCCCUGAGCCCCGUCUGGUCUGGCUGAAGAAUGGGAAGGUGCUGAGUCCUGGGGAGAACAUUCGGCUGACCCACAACAACAGCACCCUGAUGCUGGUGAGGGUCUCAGCUGAGGAUGAGGCCAUCUACCAAUGUGUGGCAGAGAACUCCGCUGGCUCCAACCAGGCCAGUGCCCGCCUGGCUGUGACAGGGGACCCAGAGCCACCCCCUGCCCCCAGGGGCCUGCAGGCCACGGCUCUCUCCAGCUCUGCCAUUCGAGUGUCCUGGGAGCCGCCCCCCUCCGACAGGGACAUCAUAGGCUAUGCGCUGCACCUCCGACCUGUGGGAGAGCCGGCCGGCCCAGGGCUCCAAGCGGCUGUGGGCAGAGGCACCUUUGAGCACGUCUUCUCCAACCUGGAGCCGGCCACAGCCUACUCCAUCCGGCUGCGGGCCUACUCGGCGGAGGGUGCCAGCCAGGACUCAGCGUCCAUCCACGCCUCCACCAUGGGCAGCACCCCUGCCGCCCUGGGCUUCUCUGCCACAGUGCUCAACGCCACCUCCGUGCAGGCCUCCUGGCAGCUGCCAGCCCAGCCGGGGCCCAUCCAGGGCUUCAAACUGUUCCACCGCAAGCUGCCGGCUGCCCAUUUUGAGGGGCCCCUGCUCCUGGCCAGCAGUGUCAGCUCCUUCCUCUACACGGAUCUGGAGCCGGCCGCCCUCUAUGAGAUCAAGCUGCAGGCAUUCAAUGGCAAUGGUGAUGGUGACAGCAGUGCUCGUUUUGUCUCUCUGCGUGAUGUGCCCUUGGCCACCGCUGAGGCCAAAGCCGAGUGCUCCUGCAGCCGGGAUGAGAGCAGCCCACUGCCCGGGGUUGUGGUGGGCGUGCACGUGGGCCUCGCUGCGGCUAUCGUCUGCCUCCUCUGCCUCCUCCUGGGCUGGAGACACAGCCUCCUCUGCAGAUGGGGGUCCCAGCAGUGCUGGGCAGUGCCUCAGGCUGCCUCGGACAGAACUGGGGGCCGUCGAGGCCAGGCUGUGACCGGAGGGAAGCCAGGGGAGAAGAUUGAACUCAUCACCCAGGUGACCGUGGAACAGCCGCCCUCGGCCUAGGGCCCUCCAGGCUGGCACUCCCAGAUGCCACUACCUCUGACCCACCAAAGAACCUACCUCACCUGUCCCUGCCUCCCCGGAGGCAGGAAAGAACCAAAGGUCCCUUAGCCCCUCUCCGGGGAGGGGCAGGCCUGCCCACAGGGAGGGAGAAGGGUGAGGUUUCUCUGUUCUUCCCUCAAGAAAUGGGGGAGUCUGGGUCCUCCCCAACACACCAAAUUACCUCAAACGAAGCCAACUCAGCAGGGAAUCACCCCCAGUCCCGUGACUCCUGCCUCAACCCCAUCCAGUAUAUCCUCUUGAUCCAAAUACGAACCUACCCAAAGGUAUACAUAUAGCUUUACGGGUUCCCCCCAAAGGGGGAGGCAGGGCAAAGGGCUCUGUCACCACCGCCAUCUCAGCCGGACCCCUCAUCUGAAAUCCGUUUCUCUCUCCCCAUGCCCAAGCUGAGGUCUGGCCCAGGAACGGGCACUCCUUGUGGGCAGGUGGGCAGAGGGGCGCUGAGCUCCUUGUCUCCUUGUCCCGAUACAAGAGCCCUGGACAUCUGAGCUCACAAAGCUGCUUCUCUGAGCAACCAAAUACCCAUCUCCCCCCUUUCCUGAUCCAAAGCAUGGGCCCCUGGUCAGGGGCACCCCUCCCUGCUUGAUUUAUUUUUGAAAGGAAAUAUUAGUCUGAGUUGGGGUUUUGGUGCCUCGAAUCCCUUGUAGAGCGAGCACAGAGGCUGUAGAGCACCCCAGCCAUCUGUUGCCCUGAAUUCUAGGUGUCCAAAGAACGCCUCUGCCCCGUCCUCCCUCUGCCAGCCACGGCACUCAGGGCCCGCUGUCCCUCCUCGCCCAGCCCUACCGUCCCCUACAGCCAGAGCCCCAGCCCUCUCUCAGGCAGCCUCUCCCUCCAGGGCUGCCCAGUAUUGUGCCAAAAAGGGGGGGUCUCGGAGGAAGGGAAACCCAGGGCUUCGGGGACCCCAAACAUUCUCCCCCGUGCUCUUGUGGGUGAGCAAGGCUGGGCCCUGCCCCCCUAGGGGCAGCAGCAGCUUUAAGGUAUGUGGCAGGGCGCCAAGGGGCUAA